UGAAACUAACCAAUGACGUUGAGGAGGUAGUGCCUUGAUCCUUCACGAAAGCUAGGCUGGAGCCCAUACACACUUAGUCGAGGGAUUGAAGGCGAUCCUGUAACACACACACCUUGUCCAGGACUGGCUGCUGUUGAGUGGACCCUCUGAAGCCUUAAGCAAAUAUGGAGAACUUAGAGUGGGUUGACCGAGGCUACGGGAAGAACAACGUGAAGCUCCUGCACGUGCGUCGUGACGGCCCCGUCCACUCCAUCAAGGAGUACGAAGUCAACACCCAGCUCACCCUCGAAACGGACAAGGAUUACAUCCAUGGCGACAACUCCGAUAUCGUGGCGACCGACUCUCAGAAGAACACUGUUUACAUCUUAGCCAAGAAACACGGGGUGACCUCUCCGGAAGCCUUCGCUCUGCUCUUGAGCUCACACUUCCUCAACAAGUAUGCCCACGUGAACAGGGUGACCAUUGACGUGGAGGAGUACCCGUGGCGCCGUCAGGUGAUGGAUGGUCGUGCCCACAACCACGCCUUCGUCUACUCUCCAGAGUACCACCAUACCUGUAGGGUGGUACAGAGGCGUGAAGAGAAGCCGGAAGUGACGACGGGUCUGCAGGGGCUGCGGGUGCUGAAGACGACACAGUCCGCCUUCAUUAACUUCGUCAGUGAUGAGUUCCGGUCCCUGCCGGACAUGAAGGACCGCAUCUUCUCCACCAUCAUCUCCGCCUCCUGGCAGUACAACACCGUCGAAAGCGUCGACUUUGGCAAAAUCUGGAUAAUGAUACUGAAACUGAUCAACGACAAGUUCGCAGGACCGCCUGACACUGGCAUCUUCUCUCCCUCCGUCCAGAACACCGUCUACCUCAUUCAGAAGGCCGCCCUCGAGGAGAUACCGGAGAUAUCCAAUAUUAUGGUGACGCUGCCCAACAAGCACUACUACAGCGUGGACCUGAGCAAGUUCAAGGAGGUGGGAAGCAUGGAGAACAACGAGGUCUUCCUCCCGGUCGACAAGCCUUCCGGCAACAUCAUGGCGGUCAUGGGUCGCAAGAAUCAGUCCAAACUAUAGACACUCGAGCACCACCUAAGAUAUACCAUAACUACAAGGCACAAUUUUAAGCUUUAUUUGGAUUUAAUUUACUGGAAGAUAUAUUGCAGGCAUAAAGUAGACUUAAUCCAAAAGCCUUUUCCUAAUUAUCAUAAUUUGUUAUUGAUGUCAAUUGUUAUUUGUUAGCUUUCUAAAUGAAGUGCAUGAACCAUGUAAUUUACAUGCUCAUGCUGCAUAGAAACAUUAAUUUUCUUAACGUUAAUUGCUCUCGGCUAAGGUUGAUAAUUGAAACAAAAAAAUCCUUACUAUAAAUCUCAUGUCAAUUAACACAGACUCACAGCUAAUGUAAAGUUAAUCCCUGUUCAACUGGUUAGAAAGUAAUUUUAAAAUACAUAUCCAAUUCUUUGGUUAAUAAAGGUGAUGUGAUUUAAUGAGAAUGAAAAGUAUGAUCUCCACAUAUCACGAGAUAAUGCAAACACAAUAAGAAUAAAAGUUGUCGCUGAAUCAAAA